AUGUCUUCUAGAUCGGAAGAGUUCUUGAUUAAAAUAAAGUUCUUAAGUAAGACGUCCGCCUGGGCGAUAAAUCGAGAUAGUUUUUCGAUUUCUCUACUUGGUGAGCAGUUGUAUAAUCUACUGCUUCGAUGUGCUUAUGAAAAUCCGUAUUUAUUUUGCUUUGUUGUUCGUCCUCACCACAUUUAUGACGCUGUCCAUUUACUUCAAUAUGUACUUGACCAACAAUCAAAUAAUGAAUCUGUCAGCUUUAAACGAAUCAAUCCCAGCUCAUCACCCAUGCUUCAAGGAAUGAAAACCCCGUUAGUUAAAACAAAAGUUAGCUUAAACACUGCCGUUGAUUGUGUGCAUAAUAGGUUCGUUCUUUUUUCCCAGGAUCUCCUUUCAAUUGAAGUUCGACGUAAAGCUGAAGCAGGUUUAAGUCAUGCUUCCUCAAUGCAGUCCAUUCGUGGUUCUGUCGGGAACCUCUCUCCUUUUUCCCAGUAUUUAGUCAGUGUUCUUAAGAAUUGUUUAUUUCAGGAUCCCAAAUUUCGAUCAUUCAGUGCUAAGACCACGGAGAAACAGAAAGAGGUGAUCGAUCGACUAAGUCGAUUACGUGAAAGUUUGCGCUCAAAAGGGAGUUUCACAGAACGCGAUCCUCAUUCGAAGAAUCGGAGUGAUGUAGACGAUAUCAACAGCAGGAUUCAAUCUACCACAGGGAUCUCAUGUUAG